CUGACUUCAUAAAGCUGUCGUCGAAAAGCUUUAGUUGUUGUCUUAAGGGUGUGGACUAAGGCACCGACAGAGCAAUGGGGCAUGAGUUGAAGAAGCUAUUAACAGCAAUUUCUCUAUCAGCAAUCUUUUUCUUGUACAGUGCGAGUGCUUGGACUGGUGAAAUUCUUGGAAGAGUUGUCUGUGAUGUAUGUGGGGAUUCUUCCAUUGGUCCUGAAGACCAUGUUUUGGAAGGUGCUGAGGUUGCUGUUCUUUGCAUAACAAAAUCUGGGGAAGUUCUAAAUUAUCAGGCAUUCACAAACUCUAAGGGCAUCUACACAGUGGCAGAGACAAUGCCAGAGAGUGAUCGCUGGGAUGCAUGCCUGGCAAGACCUAUUAGCAGCUUUCAUGAACACUGCACCCAUCUCGGUGAUGGCAGCUCGGGCAUCAAGUUCAGUUACAAGCAUCCAUCGGGCUAUUCUUAUGCUGUCAGACCUUUUGUGUAUCGUCCUGCUAAUAUUCCAAUGUAUUGCCUUUGAAUAUGAUGCACCUAUUCAGGCCCCAAAAUAUCUAGAUAAUUAAUUAUUUAUAAAUAAAAGGUUGGUGCCCAAUGUGUAAUAUGAUAAAAUGCUCAUCCAUGCUUAUGUUACUUGCGUGAGAUGUGUGGAGAAAUCAGGUACAUUUGUUGUAAAUUAAACCUUUCCAGUUCCAAAUUGCAUGUAUAAACUGUACAAAAUUGUCUGUGCCUAAGCUUGUAUGAGUUAUCACGUCACUUUGGCCAUUAUAACCGUGUUUGAG